AUGCCCUGCACGGAAUUUGCGCUUCUCCCCCUCACAUCCCCGCUUUCUCCCCGGCUGAUCCCCAAACUCCGCACGUGCAAACAUGUGCUCGAGAGAGCGUCGGGUUACCCUUGUCAUUUCUAUCAACAGGUGGAAAAUCCUUCGUAUAUGUAUAUUGUCGGGACGUGGGAGAGUCCGGAACAUCAUGAGAAGUUUCUGCCGAGUGUGGAGAAUCUGGGACUUUUUGAUUUGUUGAGGGGGGAGGUGGUGCUGGGGGUGGGGAUUGGAGAGACGGUGGAGGGGAGGGGGAUCAGGAUGUGGCAUUUGGAAGGCGACGCACUCAGUUCCCUCCGAACAGGAAUAGAUGAAGGAAUCGGAGAAGAAGACGCAAAGAAAAAAUCUCCCUUCAGUGCACCCAUCAUAUCAUGUAAUAGACAUUACAUAUCAUCCCACAACAGGGAAGGAUUUAGUGAGAAGUUUAACGAGGUAAAACACGCGUUGGAGAACGAAACGGAAGAGUAUGAGGUUGAGGGCGGGUGGAGGAUAGAAAAGGAAGCGGAGGAUAAGGAGGAAUGGGUUAUGUUUUGUGGGUGGGAGAGUGUGGUGAAACAUAUGGGGUUUAGUAAGAAGGAGAGCUUUAAGGAGUGGAGAGGGAUUGUGGAUUGGGUGGAAGGGUUUGAGGUUAGGCAUUUGAGGUUGAUUGAGGGGUUGUGAGUCGGGAGCAAAAUGAUGGAAAUGAUGGGAAUGAUAUUUGAUUAUAGAGCAAAUCGGCUUGGUUUCGCUGAAUGGUUGAAAGUAUUUGAAUCCUAGCUACUCUUGGUUAUAUAGUUUCGCGUAUAUUUAGUGUUGAGAUAACCCUCGGUUUAUACGUUAUUAAUAGUUGUUAAUAGAACACCGGGACUUCUCUUCCUC